GCGACCGGGACGAGCCGAGGGGACGUCGGGCCCUGGGAGCACCGGCCAGACUCGGUGGAGCGUCGCCCAGCCUGGCGCCUGGGUCGCCGCGACCGCCCCUUUUCCGGGGACUUGGCCGAGGAGACCCUCCUGCGGGAGAGGAGCAGGACCUUCGUGCGCAAAGGUGCAGAAGACCCAAGCUCGCGGCCCCACCAGGCCAUGGCAGGGUACGGCUAUCUGGGGCUGGGGCUGUUCUGCUGGGUCCUGCUUGCUGUUCCUGUGGGCCCCCAGCCUGCCUCCUCUGUCCCAGGAGCCCCUCUCACCACUUUGACCCCCCCGCCCCAGAGUGAGGCCUCUAUGCUCUCUCUCAACCUGGGACUUAACUUCAAAUUCCACCUUCGGGGACCAGCUGCUGUCUGGGGGAACGCUGUCACGGAGACCCAGGCACUUUCUCCCAGGCCGAGCCGGGAGCCCAAGGAAGAGGCAGCCAAUGGGCUGAGGACUGACCCGCUUUGGGAACUGCUGGUGGGCUCUCUCGGAAACUCCCCCCCAGAGUGGGGCUCUGCAGAAGGCAGCUCUACUCCGUGGGCCUCCUCCCCAGCUCUAGAGUCCGCAUCCCUCCUCUCGCGGCCCGCUGACAGGCCCACUGCACCCUAUCGGCCCGGGAUGGGCACUGUGACCUGGGACACUGCUCUGACAGCCACAGCGCCUCCAUCCAGUGUUCCCAGGCUCCGCCAGAGUGAGCUGGAGCUGAAGUUUGAUGUGGCGCUGAGAGCAGGCGCAGCCCCUACGCUCGGGCAUCGAACGCUGCCCCUGCUGCCCAGCCUGCGAGCCAGCCUGGCAGAGAUUGCUGGGCGCCUGGGACCCUUUGGGUUCUUUGGCACUACAGUGUCCCCGCUCCGGAACUUAUCAGGCCCGAGCCCCCCAGGCCCAACUACAUCCCCAGGCUCUGCCUCUGGAGUUUCAGAUUCUCCAGGAUUCUUUGGCACCACUCUGUCCCCGCCCCCAUCCCCCCAAGAAAGAAAGCUCCCAAGUCCAAGGCCACUGGAACCAGCUGCUUCUCUAAGCUCUGCGUUAAUUGCAACAGCAUCACUAGAGUCCACCACCCCCACCUCUGGCCUGGACGACCCCUCUCCUGCCAGCCUUGGGAACCUUUCAGUGCACCCAGAGUGUGGGCCAGGGUCCUGCAGUAUCAGAGAGCUGCCUGAACGCGAGGGGCAGCCGCCUGCGGCCCCCUUGCCCCUCUUCUUCCUGACGCUGGAGGCCGACUGGGCAGAAGCCAAGGCUCGCUGGGGUGUGGCCUGGGAGGCCCACGUGUACGGGGUAGGCGCGCUCUUCGGCCUGGUGGCCCUGCUGGCGCUGCUGGCGCUGGCCCUACUGCCCUGGCGCUGUCCGCCCGGCGCCCCCUGCCUGGCGCUGCUGGACAUGCUCCUGCUCUCGGCCGGGACCACGCGGGCCUUCCCGCUCUUCUACGACGCCUACGGGCACCGCGACCGGCUGCCGGCGCUGGCUUGGCUGCUGCUGCAGGACCUCCCGCUGCCCUGCCUGGCCGCCGGCCUGGGCCUGGCCUGCCUGCUGCUGGCCCGGCCGCGCCCGCCGCGCUGCCCCGCCGGCCUGGCCGCGCUGCUGCUCCUGGGGUUGGGGCUGGCGGCUGCCGCCGCCCUUGGGAGCGCCGCCCACCGCCCGCUGCGGGCUCUGCGGCUCGCCUCCCGCGGGCUGCACGCCUUCCUCGCCGCCCUUCUUUCCGGGCUCCUGCUGGCGCUCUCCUGCUGGGGGGGCCGUCGGCGGCGGGCUGGAGCGCCCCUGGGAGGGGCCGGCUUCAAGGGCGCCACGCCUCUCCCGCAGGCGCGCAGCCCCUUCGGCCCGCGUGAGUCCUGGCGGCGCGCGGCGCGCACGGCCCCGGUGGCGGGCACCUUUGGGCUGCUGAGCGGAGCUCUGCAGGGCUACGAGGUGCUGCACGCCCUGGGCUACGGCGGCCAACCUGGCCUGGAGGGGCCCUGGCCCUGGUGGGCCUUCCAGCUCGGCCUGCGCCUCGGCGAGGUGGGCGUCGCGCUCCCGUUGGCGCUGCUGGGCCUCUACCCGGCGCUCUGCAGUCCCCGCGUGCCGCCGCGCUGCUGGGCCAAGCUCUUCCGCCUGUCCCCCAGCCACGCUGCCCCGCUGCUGCCCGGAGGCUGGGUCACCGGGGCCCCGGACAAGAAGCCGCUGGGGAGCGCCAUCGCGCGUGGCGACGCGGAACUGCUGCAGCUGUGCGCCCUGGCCGGACCGGGCCCCGACCUCCUCCUCCAGGGAGCAGGCUGCCAGAGCUUCGACGGCGCGGCCGCCCACCCGGCGCCUUCCCCGGCCUCAUCUCCCUGCAGCGAUGACACAGUGGACUUCCGCCCGCCCUCCCCCAUCAACCUGCGGCGCAGCAUCGAGGAGGCCCUCUGCAGCGAAGCCCUGCUGGCGCCCGGCCUCUUCCAUGUCCCGGCCUUCGGGGAAGCUCUGCCUAGCCUCGGCGUCUACCGCACCGCCUCGCUGGGGGCUCAGACCGGGGCCGGGCCCAUUGGGAGGUCUGGGGAGGCCCCUGGCUCCCCGGCGCCCCGCGAGCUCCCCUCUCCCGGGACCUGGCCCGCGGGCAGCAGCGCCUCCUCCGGCUCGCUGUGCGGACUCUCGCGGGACAGCUCGUCCGUGCUCCUGUGCUCCAGCCCGGACAGGGCCCCGCGCUGUCCGCUCGUCUGCGUCCUCAGUCCCCCGCGGCCCUCAGGAAGCAGCCCCAGCCUCCCGGGAGGCUCCUACCAGGCUCUGUCCCCACCCUCCCGCGACUCCCCAGAACCUGCUCCUGAGCUGCAGGCCGAAGAGGCCUUGCUGCAGGAGCAAUUUCUGGACGCCUGCCGACAGAUUGACGAGCUGAGCAUGGGCAGCGACACCAUAGACCUGUGAAGAGGUGGCCCUCCAGCCACCCCCGAUCGCACGCCCCCUUCUGGCGCCUGUUCUGCCCCCUCAUCUCCCACUCCAGACCUGCACACUGUAACCCUUCCCCAAUCCUGCCUGGCUCAGAUACCUCUCCCGGCUUCCUUGCCCAUCCAGAGAUCCCUGGAUGGGUGGGUCAGCAGCCAGGCUCUGUUGAUGGGGAACUAGUGCCACCUUCUCUGGAGCCCCGGGGCGUUGAUGCCCUCAGCUGCAAUUCUAGGCUGGCAGGGGCCCCACUGUCCUUGGCAUUCACCAGCAAUAAAGCUCCAAGGUGCUCCACUCCAGACCACCACUUCCCACUCUGGUGCUGAGUGAGAGGGGCUGUCCUUAGAAGACCUCAGGACCCACCUCUGUCCCCAGACCCACCUCUGCUACGCCCAGGAAUCCCAUCCCUGCUGAGUGAGACUCCCAUGUCCUCCAUAUGAUCCUUCCCCAUAGAAGGGUCCAUGGCCCAUCUAGGAGACUCUGCAGCAGUUGGGUGGGAGGUGAGCGCUUUCAGAGUUAAUUUAUCAAUAAAAUAUUUUCAGAGGA